UAUGACAUCGAUGGCCCACAAAAUCUACGAUUUAUGUUUUAAACUCUCUAAUUACUAAUUUACCAUUUCAAAAGUCAGUUUGUUGCUUAGAAAACAAUCAGCAAUACUUACUAUACGCGUAAAUUAAAUUAUUGUGUGCGUUGGAUUGUUUGUAACCUGUAAAAGAUGCCUUCGUAAGCGACCCUGGUAGUCAGGCAUGUCAAAGGCUCCGUGGCUUUGGUAGCAGUCGGUUCUCCUGCACUGCGUACUAAAACAUUAAUGUUUUCGCUCGGUCGUUGUGUUAAUAUUUGUGAUAGUUCCAUAUUGAACAAUAAAACCAUGCUUGAUUGAACGGGUGUGAAUUUGCAAUAUAUUCUAGUCUACUUCUUCCAUAAUUUACCCUCGUUUUUUGAUUUUACGGACUUUGAAAAAUAUCUGUUAGUGCCAUACAAAGCGCCACCAUGUUCAGCGACUCAUUUGAGAGACGGCUGAUCCAGCAAUGCAGCCCCGUCGGCAGGAAGUCACUGGUCAUGAGGUCCGAGAGGAUGGACAGGUUCGUGCCUCUCAGGCGGGGGCAGAAUUGGCAGACCAGCUUUCAAGCUAAAGGCAAAGGCGCAGAGAACCAGCCACCAAAAUCGCAGAGAGACGCCAACAGUGACAGCCCAGGUGGCGGUCGCGAUUACCAAGUGUACGGCUGUCUCCUGCGAAACGAGCUGCUUGGCACACAGAUCGAAGAGUUGAGGGGCCCUCCGGCGAACAGGACAGAGGGGAACAGGACGGCACUCCGGCCCGUGAAGGACCUUAAGGGAUACAUGCCGCCCGUCUACAGCUUCAGCUCGCCUGUCAAAAAAGAGGACACAAUAAACACGCCGCCACACAACCUCUCAGCCAUAUCCACGCCCUCACAAAAGCUACUAUGGGCGCCGAGGAAGACCAUGCGCAAGAUCUCACGGAUACCGUUCAAAGUGCUGGACGCGCCAGAGCUGCAGGACGACUUCUACCUGAACCUGGUCGACUGGUCCGCGCAGAAUGUGCUCAGCGUCGGUCUGGGCAGCUGCGUCUAUCUGUGGAACGCGUGCACCAGCCAGGUGACAAGGCUUUGCGAUCUAUCGUCAGAAGGCAACGCCGUCACGUCAGUCUCUUGGAGCGAGCGAGGCAGCAUCGUCGCCGUGGGUACACAGAAGGGACACAUCAGCGUGUGGGAUGUUGCGGUUAACAAGGAGGUAUCAAAAUUGCACGGUCAUUCGGCGAGGGUCGGUGCGCUGGCGUGGAACGGCGACGUGCUCAGUUCGGGCUCGCGGGACCGGUACAUCAGGCAACGGGAUACGAGAACGCCGCAAGUGAACACAGCGGUUCGGGUGCUCCAAGGCCACCGGCAGGAGGUCUGCGGGUUGAAAUGGUCUCCCGACGGCCUCUCGCUGGCGUCCGGAGGCAACGACAACAAACUACUCAUCUGGUCACUGCAUUCGUCGACACCAGUGCAAACGUACUCGUCGCACGUGGCCGCGGUGAAGGCCAUCGCUUGGUCGCCGCACCAGCACGGGCUGCUGGCGUCCGGCGGCGGCACCGCCGACCGCUGCAUACGCUUCUGGAACACGCUCACCGGCCAGCCCAUGCAGUACGUCGACACCGGUUCACAAGUCUGCAACCUAGCGUGGUCGAAGCAUUCCAGCGAGCUGGUGUCGACGCACGGUUACUCGCAGAACCAGAUAUUGGUGUGGAAGUACCCUUCACUCACACAGGUGGCCAAAUUAACCGGUCACUCGUACCGCGUCCUCUACCUGGCCCUAUCGCCCGACGGCGAAGCGAUCGUCACCGGCGCCGGCGACGAAACGCUGCGUUUCUGGAACGUGUUCUCCAAGUCACCGUCACACCGAGAGCGGCAGAGCGUGCUCAACCUGCACACGUCGCUCAGAUAAACACUACUAAAGUACCACAGACUAAAUAAAUGUUAUAGCGGCGGAGUGUUAAUCCGCACAGGUUGAAGUUAACCGCAGACUAGUCAUAUGUUACUAGUCUGUGGCUUACUAAAGACAGAGUGCGAAGUCAGACUGUGUUAGUGAGUGCGAAUCGUAGUGCCACAGACAAUAAGAUGUCCAUAGACAAUGUGUCGGUGUUAGUCUUUGAUGUAAAAUUGGAGUCUAUAGUUUCAAGUAAAACAUGACGCUCUAAGGCGUAGUACUCACGUGCCAGAGGGCCUACCGCAAAUUCCAAAAUCGAAAUUUUGUUAUCUGCCUCUCUAUCUCUGUUGCUUAUUUCAGCGAUAAAUAGAGAUGCCGAUAAAAAGGCCAUUUUCGAGUUGGGGCCUCGGCUGUCAAGCGGAAGGCAGCUGACUACUACAGUGAGAUUGUUAUUGCUAUAUAUUAUUAUUUUAUUCACUCUAGUUUAGUUGUCUCUCGCUUUCACAGAACUGCAAGCAGCUGUGAGCACUAGGUUUAAAGCCCGUCGUGUUAGACAGCACCGGAUCAUAGACUCCAAUAGUCCAAAGUGUACUAAACUGGAUUUGGUAUGUUGUCAACCUGAAUAGCAUAGGUUAGCUGUUAGAAUGGGAUAGUCAUACACAUUUUCCUUCUGUCAAGCCUACCAACUGCAUUGUACAGAUAGAUAUUGCGACACACUUAUUUCCUUGGUAACAAAAGUGUGUAACGAUAUAUUUGACCACUUACGCCGUCUCUAUCUUUUCGAUGCUGACUGUACCAAAAAAACAGUUAGUAUCAAAAUGGUUCCUAGUACUUUGUGUAGACAUAUUUUCAACUAUUUAUGCUAUGGUUGACAAUAUAAAAGGAUAAUGCCGACUAUGUAAUUUAUUAUUGUAAUUUUAUUUUUAGAUAGGUACCUACCUAGUUAAAUUAGAGUACGGAAGCUGGACUGUUUCUAUUGCAUUUUACUAAAAUUACUUUAUUAUCAUGUACAUAUGUUUUAGAUAUUCUAAUAUAGUGUUUAUAUAAUAUACUAUAAUUUAUUAUUUUCUAGUUUAGUUCGCGUUGGGAAAACUUAAAAGAAUUUGCUAUCAGAGUCGAUUUCCUUAAGUUCAAGUUUAAAUGUUAUUAUGAACUGAACACGCAAAUCUGUUAAGUUUUCACUUAUACUGCGUAUAAGACGCGUUAAAAUACAAUGUGUAUUUUAUUAAUAUUUACUGUGUUUCUGACUGUUAUUGAUCGCCAGGACAUUCUUUAGGUGUGUCUUCAUUGUGCUAAAUGUAUUUGCCUUAAUCGAUUGGUAAUAUGUUGACCCAAUCAGUGUCAACAAACCCAUCUAAUUGGUUAAUGGUAACCCCUUUUUAAUGGGUUCAAACCUGAAUGGGUUAACGCAUUCCCUACCGGUUAAAUUAUUAACUUCAUAAUGAAGAAUGCACAAAGAAAUAGUUUUCGAAUAAUUUACUCUAGUUUCUGAAACUUUAUGCGUGAGAAGUGAAUUUUCGGUCAAAUUACACCUGUUUUGGAAGAGUUUUAGUUUUGAAUAUUAUUUUAAUCAAAACUUUCGUAAACUCUUAGUAAUUAUCAUUUUAGGGAAUACAUUUUUGUUUUAUGGAGUUUGGUAUUAACUAUUUUUUUUCUGUUUCAGCGUGUUUUUUAACUUGUUCUGUCUGUGUACAUGAGGUAGGCAUAUUAUACUGACAUACAAAUGACAUAUUUAAGUACUAACGAUAUUUGGAAAGUACAUUUCCAAGUUACCUAGUUUUAUGACUAGUAACAAGAGUUUUUACAAAAUAGUUUCAUUGCAUUUUAAACAUUUAAUAAUACAAAUUAGAAUCACACUUUGAAAAUAGUAAUAGAUAUAAAAUACAUUUUUAGAUCCAUUGCAUAAAACUCUAUUUGCCACCAAAAACUAAUUGACAUAUUGUAAUUGUACAAAUUAUUAUUGUUACCGUAAUGUACCGACAACGAUACAGUUAAAUAAACCUAUGAGCAGGCGAAUUACGGCUGGGUCUACGUGAUAAAAUGUGACGUUCCACGGGAAAAGAUACCUUAUGGCAGUCGGCGCUUACGUCGCUUAGCACCGCAUUAGUAUUCGAGCGCUGUUAAUAAUAGCUUAAGCGUCAACCGAUAUAAAGUAACUUGACUCCCGUGGAACGACACAAAUAAGUGUCACUUUUUCACUCCUCCCGAAUGAAAGAGACGGACUAUGUCUAUCACGCUGUCACGUAGACAAAUACACUUAUCAUAUCCGUACUGGGCGUUAGACUCUGGAACUAAGUGGUAGGUACAUGUGUAAAGGUUUUCUGGAAUACAGAUAAGUAUGGCAAAUUAGCUGUAAGUUUUCAUAGGAGGUUGCUUCAGUACAAAUUCAAGGUCUAUUUCUCAUUGACAACAUAACAGUUUUCUUGGCCUGUAACGACCAUUUUAUUACAUAUAUGUAGGUAUAGAAUUAUGUAGGUGUACAGAAUAAUGUUGUGUAUUAUAAUUAUUUUCCAUCGUAUUUUCUCGGAAACGUUCGUAUUUGUCAUGCUACUUCAGUCAACCUCAGUACUUUUUGUACCGAGACUUGUAGCAAGUACUGUUCGUACGUUUCCGUGAAAAUACGAUGGAGGAUAAUUAUACACUACAUCUGUACAGCGAAUUGUCAGUCAGGAGACAGGGUUGCCAACCGUACUAUAUUAUAUAGUAUUGUACUAUAUUUUGGCUCUCUGUACUAUAUACUUUUGGAAAAAUAUAUAGUACGCUAAAAUACUAUAUUUCCGAUUAAACGUAUAUUACACUCAUGUUUAGUAUUUUAUCUAAAAGUACUAUAUGUUUUGGAAAUGUACUAUGUUUUUGAUGCCUUAUUCUGGAAAAUACUAUAUUCCACCAAAAAAAAGUUGGCAACCCUAGGAGACAAUGUCACCCUGGUAAAACAGGGGCUUCACGUUAACAAUGGCGGUCGAUGAGAAAUUCCCUUUGUAUCGAAGCUAACCUGACCUAUACCUGUAAAUUGUAAUUAUAUGUGCACUUUUCCUAUUAAGGAAUUACCUAUAUGACUAAAAAUAUAUUAAUAGUCUGUCCUAUCAGGUUCUUAAAAAUACCACAUUCAUUCAGCCAAUGAUAUUGAGGGCAGAUUGGGUAAGACAAACAUAGUUUAUUAAACUCGGGACAAGAUAAACAGUAUGAGGAUUCCCUACAAGUGUUACUCCUGCCCCAGUGUUUGCCUUACCCCAUCUGACUUUAUAUAUAAAAGGCUCAUUCGACUGAUAGUCAAGUGCUUUAUUUAUAAAAGCUUAUAGAACAGACUAUAUUAAAAUUAAAUGAUCUUGAUCUCAUUGAAUCGAACAAAUUAUUGGCAACAUAUAAAAUUUAUUGUAAAAUAAGCAUGCGUGUAUUUUUCCAUUAUUUAUUUUUUGGCAUUUUCUGACACUGUUUGAAUUAUGUAUAAAUUGCUAGAGAUUAGUUUAGGUAAUAUUAAUAUUAAGAUAUAGUUAUUUGAAAUUACGUGUCGCCAUCAGAUAUAUCGGAGCAGCCGAGGUGUUCACAAAUAUCGGAACACGCCUCUAUUGUCAAGGCAUUAGAGUGCGCGUUCAGAUAUUGUGCACACCUUGGCCGCUCCGAUAUAUCUGUUGGCGACUGUAUAACAAAAAGCGGAAAAAUCAUGCAUAACAACUUGUUGUUACAACUGAUAGUGACGCAGCUAUGGUUAAAAUAAGACAACAAUACACGUGUCUCAUUCUAACCCAUGUCCCUAUCUGAACGAAUCGCAACGAUAAGUUGUGGCAAAAAUUGUAAGCAGAUCACAUAAGGGCUUAUUGCAAGCACAUGAUUUUCUUUUUAUAUGUGUAUGAUUUCUGUGUCAAGUAAACGAGCUUGUAGUAUAACUUUUAGGUAAGUGUAUGACGCAUAUAUUAUAUGUUACGCGUGUAUUCGUUAAGCGUGUCUUGUUUUGUUGCACGUGUGACUGAUGUGUUGGUACAGUUCGCAGCAAAAAUAGCUCAGGAGAAUAAAAGAGGUAUCCACAGUUCUUAUUCUUUUAACAAGUUUCGGGUCUGUAAAAAUAACUCCAUUUUUUUUAUCUGGAAAAUUAUAAAUUGUUUAAAUACAGAUUCAUGGGUUCGCAAGGUUUUACCAAUUUUAGUGAGGAACAAGUAUCCAGAAUUUGAUAUCCAAAAUAUUGAAAUAUAUUGGGAAUUUCUGUAUAAGGAUCGAAAGAGCUCGUGAGUAGUGCGCGUAUCACUUUAAACCUUGGUACUAUUGCUGCCAACUGUACUAUUGAGCCUAACAAGUUAUUUUACGACCUGAGUCAGUUUAAUAUACUAUGUCAAAUCAGUACGGUUUCGUCUUUAACUCGUUUCAGCUUUCGAUUCUUCUUGGUUCAAUUGCAUUUCAUGUCAAUUGCCAAGACAACACAUACUUUUAAACCAUCUUAAGUACUUCGUCCGGAAUAUAUGAAGUAGGUAAAUGCAGCCCUGUGUUCGCAAAUAGGGCGAAGUGAAUUACUGGCGUAUUCCUUCCUUUCCACUGAGGCGGAGAUGAGCGGACAUGAAAGGAGACGUGUUGGAAUCAACCAAUAGCAUUGGUUGUCUUCUCCGCUCCGUUAGAUUCCAACCAAUGGUAGAUUCCCGCAUGUCUCCUCAUCUCUGAUCAUUUCAAAGGCAGUUUUAGGGUAUAUGGCAUAAAGAUGCAAGUUUAACAUGAAAACGCACUGGUCUGGACAUACAUCUAUAGAAGCAUAUUAUUUUAAUUAUGUUUGUUACAUGUUGUACAUACCUAUUAGUACAUUAAUGUCGUGUGCAAUGUAGACGUAAACUUAGAUAACGCUAAUAUAACCUUCGAUUUCCCGAUUGCAAUACGAUUAAAUCGUUAAUCGAUUACUAUAGUUAAUAUUAUUUAUAUAAGACGAACAGUAAACUUGUAUGUACUUAACCAAAUAUCUUCGUGAUUACGUUUGUUCUUAGUGUUGCUUAUCUUGUUUUGAAUAAUAGAAGAUAUCAGUCAAUAGAUGUAUGUAAAAACGUUUUAAGUCGAAUAACAAGUGUACAGAUGUAAGGACUGUAUCGUUUAUUAUAAAUACAGAUAAAACCUGGUCUAACUGUUGACGUGUGUAUUAUUUUGUAUUACUAUGUUCUUAAGGUAUAAUCUGGGGGUAUUUUUAAGACAUAUCUGAUAUAAGAAUGUUUUACAUUUAUUUUAUUUUAGGGACUUUAUGAUGAUUUUAAUACCUUCUAGCAAAUGUAAUUCGGACAAGCCUAUCGAGCUUAAUUUGAGACUAUUUCACCGAUUCCUUAGUACGAUUUAAAGAAACAAAAGGUUAAUAUGCUGCCAAAAUAUGCCAUCUAAGUGUCCUUUUCAUGAUUGCUCAAUUGAACAUCCACAGAAUAAAUGUGGUGUAUUUUAUCUUUACAUGAAAACGACUUUUUAUGCAACAUUUUGGAUUCCCGUCAAUUUCUGACGCCAGGGAAAUGACGGAAACAGCUAAAAGAAUCUACCGAAAUCCAAAGCCUAACGGACAUUCAUGGCGUUGAACCAUGGCUAGAACAGGUCGAUAGAAACGCUCCAUGAUGGUUAUAUUGUAUACCAAAGUCGGGGUUGUCGUAAGUAACAUGCCAUAUUUUCAAAAAGGCCACCAAGCACAGAUCCAAAACUUUUUUUCCAACUAAAAGAAAUGAUUAGACUAUGCCCAGAUGUUUCGCUUUACGAAUCAUAUGUAAUUGCUGUUUACAUAGUACGAUUUUUUUUGUGUAAUACUUAUCUUGUUCGCAAACCGUAAAUUUUCUUGUAGUAUUUGUCCGAAAUCGUUGUAGUUACUCGGGAGGAUUGGGUAAAUAUUGUCCAAACCAUAUGCUUUACGUGAUCUCCCAGGACGAAAUGUUACUUAUUAUUAAAGCACUAAUUAAACUAUAUGUGUAAUUUUUUAAUAAAAACAUAAUACCAGAAAAAACGGCUAAGUAAAGUUGUAUUUAUAAUAAACGAUACAGUCCUUAGUGCAUAAUUAUUUUCCAUGUCCUGCUAUUUCAGUCAAUGAUGGAACAAAAAGUACUGAGAUUGACUGAAGUAGCAUGACAAAUCCAAAUGCUCAUCUGUAAGACCAGUUGUGGCAAUGAAUAUUAUUUUGGUGUAUGUUUGAGCCAUAUCUUGCCCAAAUUGUCUAAUAAUUUUAGCCAAAGCUUAUUGCUUUUAUUAGCGAUUAAUACCUACUUUUAAUACCCCUCUUGGGCUCUUGUAAAGCGCUACUUUCAAAAUUGUACAGAUAUUGUUCAAUACAAGAUACGCAACGCAUCAAAAUUUAAGAGUACUAGCACUAGUUCGACCCGAUGUUUAUAAAUAUUACUUCCUCUAUCCUUUUCCUUCUUAAUAUAUUGCACUAUCUUAACCUUUCCUCUCUUUCCAAAUCGGGUCAAAAAUAAAAGAUUUAUUUAUGAAAAGAGUAUAUUAUACCUUAAUAUAUUGAACUUGUAAAGAUAGACUGAUUUAGUGGUACCCAUAAAUGUUUAGAUUUAAUCUACUUUCUUUUAGAAUAAACUAUUAACUGUGUGAUUUAA